AUGCUCCAGUUGGAUCAAUUUGCUUGUUGGUCCAUGGACCCGUUGGACCAACUGGCCUUUUGGUCCAAUGGACCGGAUCCGCGGCCCGAGCAGACGCGGGAGGAGAGUGACGAGGAGGAGGCGGGGAAUGAGGAGGUUGAGCAGGAGUACGGCGACGAGCCGGCGUACGACAACGGGCAAGGGUACGGCGACGAGCGGGAGCACGGCGACGAGCCGGAGGACGGCGACGAACAGGAGCACGGCGAGGAGCAGGAGCACGGCGACCCGCAGCAGGAUGGAGACGAGCAGACGCGCGCGAGACCCGAAGUCCCGAGCGGAGCUGAAGAGGGAGAGCGUGCGCCCAGCGCGGAACACGCCGACACCGCGGCGACAGCGGAGGAGGAAGAGGGAGAGGCGCGGGAGGAGGGGUCACGUGCCACGGACCCCAACCGUCUGGAAUGGCAGUACGCCCGCGAUGCGCUGCAACAGGAAGGCCGGACUCGUGAGGGAGAGGCACACGCGGUGCAGCCACAGGGAAUGUGCGGACGGAGCGAGGCAGAGGACAGGCGCACGACGGGAGUCCAGCGACGGCGGGCGGAGCCGAGGGAUGGAAGCUCGCGCUCGUCAAGAGAGCCGCCGCCAAGGGCCAAGCGGUACGGGGACGCGGAAGGAAGGCGGAGAGGAGUGGAGGAGAAUAUGGUCCGCUCGGCGGCUCGACCGCAGGCACAUGGAGGAAGCCGUGGCGGGGAGCAUCGCUCGCCUGAGACGCAGCGGCACUGGGAGGGGCGCCGGAAGGGAGGAAGCAAUGGGGGGAAGGGCCCAGAGGAGAGUCGCGGUCGCCCGACCGGCGCCGUUGGGGAGAGGGAAGGCGGGAGGAAGCAGGCCGCUCGCCGCAUGGCAUACGGCAGCAGGGCAAGGGAAGGGAGGAGUGGUCACCACCCCCAGCGAGACGUCAGCCGCGUGAAGCCGGCCCGAGGGAAUGGGAGCAGAGUCACUACUUGCCGGCACGGCGAUGGGAACGGGCGGGAAGGGAGGAGGGUCAGUGGGGACACUCGAGAAGGACGCGCGGAGAGCAGCUGGAGAGCAGGGCCAGGACUGGCAUCUUGGCGCAAGGGGCUGAGCGCGCUGGGCAAAAAGGGGGGUAUGGGAGAGCGCGGGGAGGGGUGA